GUCGUUUUCUUCCACACAGGGGGAGGUGCGCAAACAUCGGCAAAUCCGUUUAUUUUCGUUUUGUUUUGUUGCCAUUAUACAUCACAUUUUCAUCAUAAAACACACGUCUUCGAUCACUUUUCGACUGCUGGUCUCCACGUGAGAGGUUGCGUGUGAGUGUGUUGCUGGCUGGCUGGUCUCAAGUCUCCGUAGCGUAGACCAACCGCGAAGCACGCGACUCGAGGAAAAGAAGGAGGCACAACGACACCAAGCCACGAAUCACAAUCAGAACUCUUCGGGGAAAGCACUAGUUAGUCUUCUUUCGUCGUAGUCAAAGUGAAAAUCGAUACACCAGAACUACUGGAAGCAGCAGCAGCAGCAGCAACGACUUUGUGAGAUAGUUGCCUAAAAUUUAGGAGGCAACUUGGCGAUUCCGAUAACAUAGCAGCCAUGGCACAAAUGGGCAGAGCAGUGAAGAAUCUUGAGCCACCGCGUCCGCUCAAGUCGACGUUGAAGCAGACCCAUGUGCACGUGCCCGUAUAUGAGGUGCAAUCCAUCGAAGAACUGAUCACCCUGACAGAGAACGUCGCUGCCAGUUUGGCCAACGGUUGCAACAAUGCCGACGGCAUGAACGCGCUGCUCGCCAACCUGCGACUGCACGGACCUCAGCUGGAGAACAUCUCCAAGGAUACGCUGGACCGUGCCUUUGUCAUCUUCCGAAACGCAUCACAAGACGAACGACUGAACAUCAUGACGCGGCUAAACUUGCUGGAACUGAUCGAACUGCGCGCCAAAUCGUGGCAGGUGUCGGACGGCACCAACACAUACUACAAGCACAAGGCAACCAAUGUCGAGCCGGAUGCCAUUGGUGAUCCAUCACUGUUGAGCACCUCCCCGCCUGGACUGUCCCUCGGGCAGCAGGUUAUUCCCUCGUUGAACCCCGGUGAGCUGAUCCGGACCUCGGGCAAGUUCCCAAAGCCGACCAAAAUCCCCGGCAAGACGUACUCCAAGGACGAAAUCGUCAUCCGCAAUGCCGACUCAGGAAAAGUUAUGGGAAUUAAGGGACGUAGAGUUCACAUGAUUGAGGAACUGAGCGAGACAGUGAUAUCGUUCCAAAGAGUGAACCCGGGUGCCAAGGAACGUUUGGUUCAAAUCACCGGUCCCAACGAGGAAAAAAUCAACUACGCGAAGCAACUUAUCGAAGACACUAUCCGCCGGAAUGCCUCUCCGGUGCGCUUGGAAACUUCUCAGGACGGCUCGUGCAGUUCGCUGGCCUCGUCCGCUUCCGAUGAGAUCAUCCACCCCCGGCGGUCCCUUUCGGAUGCAGCCGUGUUGUCCACCGCCGCCCAACGUGCCUCAAUGAUGGGCAAUGGAGGAGGUGUCACCGCAUAUGUGCCAAAUCAGCAACAAUCGUCGGCAGCGGGACUGAGCUUAAAUCUGAGCAGUGCCGCGCUGUACCAACAGCAGCAACAGCAGCACCAGCAAGCCCAGCCGCAGUACAGUCACCCGAAGCUGACCCGCAAUGGCUCGCAAAACAAUGGCCAACAGGCGGGAAUGUUGCUGCACAGUUUCUCGACGAACGAUGCCUCGCUCGGGGAGUUCAAAUACACCGUCAACGUGGGAAAGCACAGCAUCAAAAUCACCGGAGAUUGCUUCGACUUAGUGAGGGUUGCCAAACUGGUGCUGGAUGACUAUUUCAGUAGUAACGAGUUCCUCGCAUCGGUCGAGAUGGGAGCCAGUUUCGAUCUGCCCAGCUCGUUAGCAUCGCCGGUGACGCCGAUGCCGGGUCAGCACCAGCUGAUCACCGGAUCGCCCUUCGUGGACAGUGGCGUCGGCUUGGAUGUCAUGGCCGGCAGCGGCGGAAUGGGAUCGAUGGGUGGCGGAAGCUGCAUAGAAGUCGAUGACGAUGUGUUUAUCGUCGAUCCUCCCACUUUGGGCGGCGGUGGAAGCUUGAAAUCGGGCGACAGUUCCAGCUCUUCCAGCUCGACGUUGGUAACGUCCACGCCGGUGAACAACGGGCUGAGCCGUUCGAGGAGAAGCCAUUUCUCGCGAAAAGACAGCGCACCGGAAGGUAUUAAAGAUGGCGCUGGCGCCACGCCAACUUCGAAGGACGAUUCUACUCCAGUGAGAAUCGUUCACGAAUACGAACGUUUGAUCUACUACUCCAAAUCUCCCCACUCAUGGGCUCUGCCACGUGACUGGCUGAAGAUCUGCGACAAACUACCCUAUCUAGUACGAAACAAG